UUGUGGCGGGCAUGCGCCGCCUGUGUAUGUGUGCCUCUCCGCACACUAUGACAGAAUCACAUCAUAGCAGCACAGAUACAGUGCCGUCGCUUUCAUUCGGUCGUUGGUAGUGUUCGUCGUCGUUUCAAGUUAAUCGAGAAUAAAGCCAAUAAAAACAACUUUGUGGCGUAUUCCUGUUGCUUUAAUUGAUUUUUCCUCUGGGAUCUAUAUAUAUAUACGCCGUGUGAACGACAGACACACCCCACAUACAUCCUUAGUUUUGUGAAGUAAUUGAAAAAAAAAACAAACAAAAUGUCGACAGUCGAUAAGGAAGAACUGGUCCAGAAGGCUAAACUGGCCGAGCAAUCAGAACGCUACGAUGACAUGGCCCAGGCCAUGAAGUCCGUCACAGAAACGGGCGUCGAACUCUCAAAUGAGGAAAGAAAUCUGCUCUCCGUUGCCUACAAAAAUGUGGUCGGUGCACGCAGGUCAUCGUGGCGCGUCAUCUCCUCCAUUGAGCAGAAAACCGAAGCAUCUGCUAGAAAACAACAGCUUGCCCGUGAGUACAGAGAGCGUGUGGAGAAGGAGCUGCGGGAAAUCUGCUAUGAAGUUUUGGGACUUCUGGACAAAUAUCUUAUUCCAAAAGCCAGCAAUCCCGAGAGCAAGGUGUUCUAUCUGAAGAUGAAGGGCGAUUAUUACAGGUAUUUGGCCGAGGUUGCCACAGGAGAUGCACGCAAUACCGUCGUUGAGGACUCGAAAAAAGCCUAUCAGGAGGCGUUUGAUAUUGCAAAAACCAAAAUGCAGCCAACACAUCCAAUCAGAUUAGGGCUCGCACUCAACUUUUCCGUCUUCUAUUACGAAAUUAUCAAUUCACCAGCGAGGGCUUGUCAUUUAGCUAAACAGGCGUUCGAUGAUGCGAUAGCCGAGUUGGACACACUCAACGAGGACUCAUACAAAGACUCGACACUCAUCAUGCAACUGUUGAGGGAUAACCUGACUCUCUGGACCUCCGACACCCAGGGCGAUGGCGAUGAGCCACAGGAGGGCGGCGACAACUAACCAAACAACUAAGCAAAAUGUUUCCUUUUUGACUAUGCAAAUAUUAUUCAGUAAUACAAACAAAAACAAAACAAAAACCAGAAACAACAAGGAGAAACAAAUAUAAAUGCAAAACGCAAACAGCAAAGCAAAAACACAAGCAACAAAUUGAAAUGAAACGAUAAUACCAGGCAGGCAGACAGCAACAGGAGACAGGCAGGAAGAGGAAUCAUAUGCAACAUUUAAUUCAAAAUUACAGAAUUGCAGAAUGCUUUUCAUUUGAAGCCGUGGAUCGUGGUUAGAACAUUAUAGAGCGUGCUCUACAGAAACGUAAGGUUUUAUUUGCCUAUAUACCACCUAUACAUAGUUGUAUGUAUAUGUAGCAUGUAGGAGGCCCACCCCACUGAUCCGAGUCAAAUGAAUGAUCCAAUCCACUGCAACUGCUUGAGCAUACAAUUCCACACAUAGAGAUAGGGCUUCAUCGUAUCAGUAGACAGACGCAUGCUCGGUUUUUGUGCUUUAGUGCGAUGAUGCUCGUGUGAAUUUCCUCAUUGAAACAACAACAACCAAUCAAUAAUAUUCCUAAUUGUAUACAUAAAACAAAAUUAAAGCGAUUAUUUUCUGUUUUCUGUUUUUAUAAAUUUUUGCAAGAAAUUAAAUUAAUUAUGUAAUUUUUGGUCAGGCAGCAACAUCAAGCAGAAACUAGAAUCAACAACCACAAGCGAACCAAAUGAGAAAAACAAAAGUAAAACAGAAACUUAUGUAUUAUUUGUAAUUCUUUUUCUAAACAAAUAAAACCAAAAAAAACCUAA